GGCGGACCGAAAACGUUUCAAAUGUACUAUUUUUCAUCUUUUUAAAACCCAUGAGUGUGACCUGAAGUGAAGAUUGAAGACGUGAUAGAAGAUGGACGACUACUGCUAUGCUAAAAUGGUGACGUCAUGUCAAAGAGAAAGUGAAAGAGAAUCCGCGCCACCAACUUCCAGCAAAUCACCGACGGGGAAAAUGACGGAAACAGAAAUCAAAGAUGUCCGGCGUCAUCUUGAAGGACUUCCGCUUCAACUGCAGGGGGGAAUCUGUAGUCUGAAGCCGGAAACUUCACAGUCACCCUUCUUUAAAGAGGAAGAGGAGGAACUCUGCAUCACUCAGGAGGGAGAGUGUCUUCUAUUGCAGGAGGAAGUUGAUCCCACCGAGUUGCCACUAACAAUUGUCUAUGUGAAGACUGAAGAUGAUAAAGAGAAAGUAGACAACAUGAUAGCUCCACUUUCAGAUAGCGAGGCUGAAGACAAGGAUGAAGGAAUUUUGUGCGAUACAGAUUGUGAAGAUGAUAUCAGGACUCACACUGACAACAAACACUCCAAACGCACUAAAAAGAAGACAUGUCAAAACACUUCAAGCUGCAUAGUUUGUGGUAUGAUAUGUACCACGAAAAGCCGUUUGACUGAGCACAUGAGAAAACACACAGGAGAAAAACCAUUCAAAUGUUCGGUUUGCUGCAAAAGCUUUUCUUAUAAUGGCAGUUUGGCUCACCACAUGAGAACACACGCGGAAGAAAAAUCAUUUAAUUGUUCAGUCUGUGGUACAAACUUUUCUCACAAGAUCAGUUUGACCCAACACAUGAGAACACACACUGGAGAAAGACCAUUUAAUUGCUCAAUUUGCUGUAAAAGCUUUUCUGUUAGGAGCAAUUUGACUCAACACAUGAGAACACACACUGGAGAAAAAUUAUUUCGCUGUGCAGUUUGUGGUAAAAGCUUUUCUCAAAAGAGCAGCGUGGCUGUACACAUGAAAAUGCACUCUGGAGAAAGACCAUUUAGUUGCUCAGCUUGCGGUAAACUCUUUUCUAAUCGACAGUGUUUAAGUAGACACGAAAUUAGACACACUGGAGAAAAACCAUUCAGCUGUUCAGUUUGCGGCAAAAGCUUUACUGAAAGGAGAAAUUUGUUAAGGCACCUGAGAACACACCGUAGGAAAAACAUCUAGUUGUUCCGUUUGUGGUAAACGGUAUACCCAAAGCAACAUGAUUUCCAAUCACAUGAGAACGCACGCAGAUGACAAAAAAACAUUUAGAUGCACAAUUUAUAGGGUAGGCUUUUUAUAUUGACAAACAUUUGGCUCAACACAAUUAAACACCAUGUUUUAAACCCUUUAAAGGUCUACUGAAAUGAGAUUUUCUUAUUUAAACGGGGAUAGCAGGUCCAUUCUAUGUGUCAUACUUGAUCAUUUUGCGAUAUUGCCAUAUUUUUGCCUGAAGGAUUUAGUAGAGAACAUCGACGAUAAAGUUCGCAACUUUUGGUCGCUAAUAAAAAGCCUUGCCUGUACCGGAAGUAGCAGACGAUGUGCGUGUGACGUCACUGGUUGUAGAGCUCCUCACAUCCGCACAUUGUUUACAAUCAUGCCCACCAGCAGCUACAGCGAUUCGGGUUGAGAAAGUGUCAAUUUCUCCAUUAAUUUGAGCGAGGAUGAAAGAUUCGUGGAUGAGGAUAGUGAGAGUGAAGGACUAGAAGAAGAAAAAAAAGACGAGGGCAAUGGGAGCGAUUCAGAUGUUAUUAAACACAUUUACCAGGAUAAUUCUGGAAAAUCCCUUAUCUGCUUAUUGUGUUACUAGUGUUUUAGUGAGAUUGUAUGGUCAUACCUGAAAGUCGGGAGGUUGUGGUGACUGCCAGUGUCUCUGAGGGAAGCCACGGAGGAGCCAAGAAAGUCGCAGCUGCCUCUUUGACAGCUGCAGGAGGAAUGACACAAGCUCCGCUCAUGUCUACAGUAAGAGCCGACUUACUACCACAAUUUUCUCACCGAAACCUGCCGGUUGACAUGUGGUAGAGAACCAUGUUCGCUUGACCGCUCUGUUCCAUAUUAAAGCUUCACCUUCGGGAAUGUAAACAAAGAAACACCGGCUGUGUUUGUGUUGCUAAAAGCGGCAGCAAUACACCGCUUCCCAACUACAUCUUUCUUCUUUGACUUCUCCAUUAUUAAUUGAACAAAUUGCAAAAAGAUUCAGCAACACAAAUUUCCAGAAUACUGUGUAAUAAUGCGAUGAAAAGAGACGACUUUUAGCCGUGAGCGGUUCUGGAAGAACAUGUCCGCUACAACCUGUGACGUCACGCGCACGUGUUAUCAUAAGUGUCAUCAUUCCGCGACGUUUUCAACAGGAUACUAUGUGGGAAAUUUAAAAUUGCAAUUUAGUAAACUAAACUGGCCGUAUUGGCAUGUGUUGCAAUGUUAAUAUUUCAUCAUCGAUAUAUAAACUAUCAGACUGUGUGUUCGCUAGUAGUGGCUUUCAGUAGGCCUUUAAGUAAUUAAGUUGGUAGGCUUCCUUUAGUAAGUGUCACAAGAACACAGACAGGAGACGAACCAUUGAGUUUGUUGGAAAAUAUAUACUCUUCAGACCGAUAAGUAAGACACAAAACAAGCACAAAGAAAAACUAUUCAUUUGCUCAGGUUGUGGAAAAACAUUUUAGCAGCGACCAGGUUCUGGAUCCUCAUUUUUUCAUUAUAAUCAUCAUUUAUUUUUAUUCCUUUCAUGAAAAUGCAUAUUUACAAGCCACGUACAAUUGACACUUUCAUUGUUUUUUUUGUUUUUUUUUUGGUUUCUUAUACAUUUCCAUGAUCAGAAAGGAAUCGUUCCAAAGUAGUCAUCAAGUCGGCCUUGAUUAGUGGCAGCAAACACAGAACCCUCUCUCGAUGCUAUUGUCGAAGUAGCAGGAAGUUGCUAUGAAAUCGCUGCUGACAGAAAAUACUAAAUAUUGUCAAAAGUCUGUAAUUAAAUGCCAUUAAUGUGUCUGCCACUAAUUGCAUAGAAAAUGUCAUUGGCAGUUUUAGACUACGUUUGAGGCUUUAUGGGUGGAAUAGACUGCAUUUUUAGCUGCCUCAUGCUAGUGAUUUUUUAUUAUUCAGAACAAAUAGGAAAUGGAAAGACGCGUGUGCUUCUCCUACAUAACAAUUGUGGAUGAUGUCAAAAUGACAAAAAAAACUUUAUCACUUGAAUAACCUCCAGCGUCGUCUCACAUCCCAGCGGUCAAGUUAGAGCUCAAACACAAAGACAAACAUCACACAUUCAGCCUUCACAAUAAGAGCAUUGCACUGAGAAGAUUGCAAAGUCAAAGUAUUUAGUAAGUUUAUAAUUGUAUUAUUUAGAAGAAAUAAUAUACGUAUGAUAAAACUGAUAGUGUUUAUUAUAAUACAGAUUGCUUUUGUUUUUUUGGGAAAAAUACACGUGAAGGCGACUUGAAAAAAAUUCACAAAAGUAAAGGGGAACAUGAUCACAAUUUCAAAAGGGUUAAAAACAAUAAAAAUCAGUU